AUGAAAAAUGAAUUAGUAGAUAGAAUACCGAUUGAGGUUGCAAGCUUCCUUCAAGCAAAUAGAAUAACUACAAUUCAGGAAAUCCCAAAUGGUGAUGAAUUUCUAGAACUUUAUGCAAGCUAUCCUCGACGUUCCGCGAAUUUAUUAACCUUUUUGAAACAAGCUCUUGAACGGGAAACGACAGAGACUAUUAUUGAUCCAGUAGUUGGCAAAUGUUAUGAUGUCUUCAAAGACAAUACUGUUGGUUCUUCUGUUUUUCAAUUGGGGGAUUAUGUGAUGUCCCCUACGGGCUUUAAAGUUCCUCGUGAAAUUCACAUUCACGAGACAAAUGAAACUUUCAAUCGGUGCGAACGGUUUGAAAACAAGAAACAAUAUACUCACAAAAGAUUAUUAGAUCUUGGUCUUUCUAUAGACUUUCCACGUGUUUUUGAAAAUUUUAAUCUGCGUCAUGGUUACUCAAUUGGGUCAUCAGAUAACAAUUCAAAUCAUGAAUUGGAGCAAACAUUUUUAAUUGAACGUCAUUGUUUUAAGUUUACAUUGAAUAUUGAUGAACUCAAAUUAUCUCAAGCCUUUAAAGAUGAUAUUGAUAUUCUUCCUCCUAAAUGA